AUGGCCCGCGUGAGACGCAAGUGGACGGCAGAGGAGGAUGCUCUCCUCCGAUCAGCUGUCAAGACCGGCGGAAUCGCGCCCGCUACUGUGGCGGAAGUUGGCAAAGUGUGUACCUGCACGGACGAACAAAGACUGUCGCAGAAGAUGGUGGAACAGUCUCGCAAAUGGCACGGCCAAGGGCUCAUGGUCCGAGGAAGAGGACGAACGGCUCAUUGCAGCUGUUCGCAGGUACGGGACGAAUUGGAUAAGGGUCUCAUGCGAGGUUGGGUCAAGAAGUCCCGACCAAUGCUCCAGCCACUGGAGCCAGGUGCUGGACCCGAACAUCAAUUAUUGUGA